AUGCCCAUUUCGCUUGAGCUCGAGUCAGUGGGCUCGACUUCUCCAUCCCGCGCGGGCAGUGCGAUAUCUUCUGCUGGCUCGUCCUGGGAGCUGGUGGGCUCUGGGUGCGGGGAGCUCCCUUUGUUCCUUGCGGGGCAGGCGCCGUGCCUGCCAGAGGGCGGGGGUCGAAUCCUCGCGACGGCGCGCUGCGGCGGGCCGCUCCUGGUGUUCCUCUGGACGCUCGUGACCGUGGUCCGUGACCCGCCGAGUCCUGAGGAGGACCCGCUGGAGGGUGAGGACUUCACGCCGGAGCGGGUGAUGCCAGUGGAGGUAUGGAGCAGGCGCUACUAUCGCCGGAGCGCGACGGAUGGCCAAGAGAUCUUCUUAGUUCGACGGAAGACUGGGAAUUGCUGGGCGGCCUUGCUGCCCGAUCUUUCCAUGGGCACCAUCACGAUCACUGCGAAGACGACUGUCUUCUCCGAUCCCGUGCCCGGGAUCCGCUGGCAAGCGCUGCCGGCACUCACUCAGGUGCAGAAGAACAGCUUCAUGCAGCAGGCGACGGACGGGCUGCGAGCGGGUACUAUUCCAGCGCUGGAGUUGUAUCGACCGGGCCGCCAGGCCCAGCAGGCCGUCGCCAUCAACGUGGUCUAUGCUAUGGCCAGCUCGGCACGCUCUUCACUGCGUACGCUGCGGUGGGCUUUGCGCUCGCCGUAUCGUGUGUUGGGGCUGCUGGCGCUGGGCUUCGUGCUGUUCGAAGCUCUGAAGUACCUGGGGGUGGUGGAUAUGAUCGUGGAGACUUGGCUCGCGUUUGUGAGCUGGAUGGUGGCCUGCCGGGACGCGCUCAUCGAGUCGUCCGAGACGAUCCAGGAGUGGGUGUCCUACGGAGGCGAGUGGGUGGACUGGGCUCGGAAGCUUAUGCCGUUGCGUCGCUGGGCUGCUCUACUGUUGGCGCUCAUCCUGCUCAUGUUCUGGGGUGCCCACGAGAUGCAGUUGGACGACUUAGCCGAGUCUCAGAGGGCGAUGGCCGCGGAGCUGAACGAGAUCAGGAUCGCCGAACGGGCUCGAGAGCUGAGGCGGUCGGCGAUGGUGUCCUCGAGCGCGGACCGCGGUGCCGAAGUGGCUGCUGCCAACCAGCUGCAGAUCCAGUCCAUGCUGAGCCGGCUCGACGAGUUCGAGGCUCGCCUGCAGGGAGGUGCGGUGGCGGGAUCUCCUGCGGCAGCGGGGGGACCCUCUCCUGCUACGCCUGUGGGCGCAGGGGACGGUCCCACAUCGCCGGCCCGCGGGGACGCGACGGUGCCCGUGGAGACUCCCGACAAGCGUGCUGCUACCGAGCCCGCCGAGGCGGUGUCCUUGGCCAUCAAGCGGAUGAGGUUCAAGGCUCAGAUGCCGCAGCAGGUCUUCCUGGAGCAGCUGGAGGACUUCAAGGAGUGCCGGGCCUCCGAGUGGGCGACGAAGAUGCCGGAGGGCUACAGGGAGAGGAUCGCGCCGGACGUGCUCUCGGAGGUCUACUCGACCGGGAAGACGGCGGAGGCGUGGGCGAGGGACUACAUCAGGGAUCGUGGUCUCACCGACUGCAACACCGCGCGGGAGAUGAUUGCGACCUUCGCGGCCGUGGACACGAUGCUCAUGACGGACCGCCAGAAGGGGCUCUUGAACCAGGUGAGCUUCGAGAGGCUGGUCCGCAAGGGGUACGCGUUGGUGAGGGCCUACCGCAACGUGCACUGCCGGGACGACUGGAGCAGGCCCAAGGACGCCAAGAGCUGGAAAUCCAAGGUCGACUGGGAGGCGGCGCGUCGCUUGGGCCCGCAGCUGGCCGACGAGAGCACGAUCAGGGUCAUGAGUGCCGAGGAGGAGGUGAAGAAGGCAAUGGGUCGAGAUGCGCAGCUGAUCAAGGCCAACGUCGAGCUCACGGCGGGUACUUUCACGUUGGCGGGAGGAGCCGCAAUCUUGCGGCUGCGACCCGCGGCUUCGGCGGCGGAGAACCAAUCCCGGUCGACCUAUACCCAGCGGUUGGCCGAGCUGCGUGCGAGGUCUGCGUCGCCGAGAGUGGCUCAGAUGUUGGACGAUUUCGAGAGGGAGAUGCUGAAGGAGGAUGGCGAGGAGUGCGUCAGGGCCGCGGAGGUGAAGAACUACGUGGACCCGCACUUCCGCCGCAAGAAGGACAUGCUGAUGCUGGCCAGGCGCAUGGCUCUGGCUGGUAUGUUGUGCCGCUGCGAGUCAAAGGUGGACGAGGUCGGGCUCUUCUGUGUGGUGAAGAAGGCCGAGAUCGUGGACGGCGAGCCCUUGGUGUCAUUGCGUUUGGUCUUCGACCAGCGGCGUUCCAACCUACGAUGGCGGGCUCCGCCGUGGUGUGCCAUGGGCGGCGUCAGUGCUAUGUCGUUCUUGGACGUGUCAGAGGAGAUGACGGAGGAGGGCGCUCGAAUGGUUUUUGGCACUGGCGACCUCCCCGACUUCUACUACACGUUGGACCUGGGCGAGGCGAUCGCGCCCUACUUCGUGCUGCCUGGUGUCCGGGCUUCAGAGCUGCUCGACGUUCUCCCCUCGGACGCCCGCCUGAGCGGGUCGGGCGAGCACGUUGGUGUGCGGGUGGCGCUGAUGGGUUUCUCGUGGGCCUGCUGGAUGGCUCAGACGACUAUGGAGGACCUGUUCAACUCUGGUCCCUCCGUGGGCAUGCCCGCCCUCGCCGAGGAGCAGCGUCUGGCAGAAGGCGGUCCGCUGCCCCUGAUCAGUCGGGAGGUACCUGCGGCCCACUACGAGUACAUCGACGACUUCGGCAUCAUCGGGGUGGACUACCCUCCCGUCGCCGACGCCGAGCCGCCUACGCAGAUCAGGGACAUCUGGUUGGGAGCCAAGUACCUGGUGAACGCCGCGGGUUUCAACGUGCACAAAGACGACUGCUCGGGACAGGCUCGGAUGAUCGGUGGAGACUUCGUGGGCACACGCCUCGCCCCGAACCAGGACCAGAUGUGGCUGGCCGUGGCCGGGGUGAGCGAGAUCCUCAGGCAGAGGUCGGAGUUCCCGGACGCGGUGGCCAAGAUCGUGGGUAUCCUGUCCUGGGGCUUUCUGAUCACUCGAGGGGCCCUGAGCGUUUUCUCGGAGGUCUACCACUGGUGCAUGGAGUUCCGAGGGGGCUCCCGCCGUCGGCUGCCCGACGAGGUCCUUCGCGAGCUGGCCGUGGCAGCGGCUGUGGUGCCGCUGGUGUCUGUCGACCUGGCCAUGCCCUGGGACCCCGCGGUGACGAUGUUCGACGCGAGCCUCUACGGGGGGGCCAUUAUCUCAGCCCAGGCCGACAUCCAGGAGAUGCGUCGAGAGGCACGCUUUGCUGUCAGAGGAGGGUGGACCGUCUGGACUGGCAUCUCGUCUUCCUGGGCGGCGGACUCUUGGGCAGAAGGCGAGGCGUAUCGGCGAGUCGCCGAGGGAGUCGAGCUCGGGAUGCGCGUGAGGGUACCUCCGGUGCACGCUUGCUGGGACGACAUGUCGAGGUGGAAGGAGGUAGUUCGCUGGCGCUGGGACGAGAAGGCGCCGAAGGAGCGACUGCAGGGGGAGACCGUGCUGCCCGCCGAGACGGGGCAGGUGAUCGAGGAGUUGGCGGACAUCGCGGAGGAGGAUCCCUUCGCGCCGCUGCGGCUGGGCCGGUCCGUGAGGGUGAAGGUGCUGCGCUUCUUUCACCUCUGCAGCGGCCACACACGGUCGGGCGACUUGGAGUUCUGGCUCGCCCGCCUCGCGGCCGGUCGGGGGUACGUGGUGCAGUGCACGAACGUGGACAUCGGGUUCGGGCCCGAGUUCGACCUGUCCGAGGAGGUGAACGUGCGGAGGCUGGAGCUGCUCGCCGAGCUGGAGGUGGAUGGAGGCCAUGCUGGACCUUCGUGCGCUACGUGGUCGAGGGUGCGCUUCCAGCCUGGAGGACCCCCGCCUGUGCGCCUUCGCUCGCACCCGUGGGGCCGCCCAGGUCUCCAUGGCGCCGACUUGAGGAAGGUGGAGAUGGGCUCGGCGCAGCUGUUGAGCAGCCUGCGCGUGCUCAGGGCGAUCGCCCUCCGAGGUGGCUCAGUCUCGUUGGAGCAUCCUGCCGACCCUGGGAAGCCGCCGUUCCCCUCGAUCUUCGCAACGCCCGAGGUGCUGGAGUGGGAGGAGGUUCUCGGGGCCUACAGGGUGACUUUUCCUCAGUGCAUGUGGGGCUGUCCUGCGCUCAAGUUGACCACUAUAUCGGGGACAGCCAAGCACCUGGAGCGGCUCAUUCGCCCAUGUAUUCACAAGACGCACACUGCGAGCUUGUGCGGGAAGGACGAGACGGGACGUUUCAGGACGCGGGUAGCUCAGGCUUACUCGUCCGAGCUCUGCCGCGUGCUGGCCGAGUGCCACCUGGACGCCAUGCUGGGCGGGUGCGAGCGGCGCGAGGCGGAGUUCACGGAGAGGGCCGUGGAGCUGCUGAUCAAGGAGACGCUCGAGCGGAGGCGGCGCAAUAUACGGGACAUCGACGUGCUGCCCGCCUCCUUCCUGGAGACCUCGGAGGCGGGGCUCUCGCUUCUGCCCUACUCGGUGGGGAAGAAGACGGCCCUCAACUGCUACGUGCCCAACGUGCGGCGAUUCCUGGAGUUCGCACUGGACCUCGACCUUCCAAUGAUGAGCAGGGAGGAGAUCGACAACUCCAUCCUGGUCUACCUAGACUACCUGGUCGAGGACGAGGAGGUGGGCCCGCGCAGGGGCGACUACGUGGUGCACGGCAUGGCGUUCGUGUGGCCUGAGCUGUCUACGGGCCUUCCGCGCGCCAACCGCGCCCUGCGGGCGUGGCACAAGAUGCACGUUGCCGGCGAGGGUGGGCCCCAGCCGCUCGAGGUGUGGGCCGCCCUGGACGAGGCCAUGAGGCUGGCCGGGGCCGUGGAGGCAGCAGACGCAGCAGCGCUGGCGGUCGACGCCUACCUGCGCUCGGCGGAGGUCUUCGCGCUGCGGGUCGAGGACAUCGUGGACGCCGACAACGACGUGGUGGCCAUCAAGGAGCGGAACGAGCGCACCAAGACGGGAGUGAGGCAGGGCGUGCUGAUUGAUCGCCCGCACAUCGCCGACAUGCUGCGGGCGCGCAAGGCCGCCAAGAAGCCGGGCGAGCUGGUCUUCGGCUGCUCGGUGGAGUCCUACCGUCGGGCCCUUCGGAAGGCCAGUGACGACAUCGGCAUCGCCGCCUUCCCCGCCCACUCCGCGAGGCACUCUGGCCCCAGCCACGACGCGGCGGAGGGCUACCGGACGGUGUGGGCCAUCCAGCGGCGGGGCCGCUGGGCUUCGGAGAAGUCGGUGCUGCGCUACAUGAAGACGCACGCCUUGGUGGCCGCAAGGGCGGCUGUGCCUGCCGCC